AUGCUGCGCCUGGGGCUGUGCGCCGCCGCGCUGCUGUGCGUGUGCCGGCCGGGCGCCGUGCGCGCCGACUGCUGGCUCAUCGAGGGCGACAAGGGGUACGUGUGGCUGGCCAUCUGCAGCCAGAACCAGCCGCCCUACGAGACCAUCCCGCAGCACAUCAACAGCACCGUGCACGACCUGCGGCUCAACGAGAACAAGCUCAAGGCCGUGCUCUACUCGUCGCUGAACCGCUUCGGCAACCUCACCGACCUCAACCUCACCAAGAACGAGAUCUCCUACAUCGAGGACGGCGCCUUCCUGGGCCAGUCGAGCCUGCAGGUGCUGCAGCUCGGCUACAACAAGCUCAGCAACCUGACCGAGGGCAUGCUGCGCGGCAUGGGCCGCUUGCAGUUCCUGUUCGUGCAGCACAACCUCAUCGAGGUGGUGACGCCCGCCGCCUUCUCCGAGUGCCCGAGCCUCAUCAGCAUCGACCUGUCCUCCAACCGCCUCAGCCGCCUGGACGGCGCCACCUUCGCCAGCCUGGCCAGCCUCAUGGUGUGCGAGCUGGCCGGCAACCCCUUCAACUGCGAGUGCGACCUCUUCGGCUUCCUCGCCUGGCUGGUGGUCUUCAACAACGUCACCAAGAACUACGACCGCCUGCAGUGCGAGUCGCCGCGCGAGUUCGCCGGCUACCCGCUGCUGGUGCCCCGGCCCUACCACAGCCUCAACGCCAUCACCGUGCUCCAGGCCAAGUGCCGCAACGGCUCGCUGCCCGCCCGGCCGGCGAGCCACCCCACGCCCUACUCCACCGACGCCCAGCGGGAGCCGGACGAGAACUCGGGCUUCAACCCCGACGAGAUCCUGUCGGUGGAGCCGCCGGCCUCGUCCACCACGGAUGCGUCUGCGGGGCCGGCCAUCAAGCUGCACCACGUGGCCUUCACCUCGGCCACGCUGGUGGUCACCAUCCCGCACCCCUACAGCAAGAUGUACGUCCUGGUCCAGUACAACAACAGCUACUUCUCCGACGUCAUGACGCUCAAGAACAAGAAGGAGAUCGUGACGCUCGACAAGCUGCGCGCGCACACCGAGUACACGUUCUGCGUGACCUCGCUGCGCAACAGCCGCCGCUUCAACCACACCUGCCUGACCUUCGCCACGCGGGACCCCGUCCCCGGCGACCUGGCGCCCAGCACCUCCACCACCACCCACUACAUCAUGACCAUCCUGGGCUGCCUCUUCGGCAUGGUCAUCGUGCUGGGCGCCGUCUACUACUGCCUGCGCAAACGGCGCAUGCAGGAGGAGAAGCAGAAGUCCGUCAAGGUCAAGAAGACCAUCCUGGAGAUGCGCUACGGGGCCGACGUGGAUGCCGGCUCCGUGGUCCACGCCGCCCAGAAGCUGGGCGAGCCCCCCGUGCUGCCCGUGCCCUGCAUGCCUUCCAUCCCCUCCGUGAUCGGGGAGAAGCUUCCCGCCCCCAAGGGGCUGGAGGCCGGGCUGGACACGCCCAAGGUGGCCACCAAGGGCAACUACAUCGAGGUGCGCACCGGCGCGGGCGGGGACGGCCUGGCCCGGCCCGAGGAUGACCUCCCGGACCUGGAGAACGGCCAGGGCUCGGCCGCCGAGAUCUCCACCAUCGCCAAGGAGGUGGACAAGGUCAACCAGAUCAUUAACAACUGCAUCGACGCCCUCAAGCUGGACGCGGCCUCGUUCCUCGGGGGAGGCGGCGGCGGCGGCGGCGACCCCGAGCUGGCCUUCGAGUGCCAGUCCCUCCCUGCGGCCGCCGCCGCCGCCGCCGCCGCCUCCUCGGCCGCCGCCCCCGGGGCGCUGGAGCGGCCCAGCUUCCUCUCGCCCCCCUACAAGGAGAGCGUGCACCACCCGCUACAGCGCCAGCUGAGCGCCGACGCCGCCGUGGCGCGCAAGACCUGCAGCGUCUCGUCCGGCGGCUCCAUCAAGAGCGCCAAGGUCUUCAGCCUGGACGUGCCCGACCACCCGGCCGCCGCGGGGCUGGCCAAGGGCGACUCCAAGUACAUCGAGAAGGGCAGCCCCCUCAACAGCCCGCUGGACCGGCUCCCGCUGGUGCCCGCGGGCGGCGGCGGGGGCGGCGGGGGCGGCGGCGGGGGCGGCGGGGUCCAUCACCUGGAGGUGAAGCCCGCCUACCACUGCAGCGAGCACCGGCACAGCUUCCCGGCCCUGUACUACGAGGAGGGCGCCGACAGCCUGAGCCAGCGCGUGUCCUUCCUCAAGCCGCUGACCCGCUCCAAGCGGGACUCCGCCUACUCCCAGCUCUCCCCCAGACACUACUACUCAGGUUACUCCUCCAGCCCUGAGUACUCCUCCGAGAGCACGCACAAGAUCUGGGAGCGCUUCCGGCCCUACAAGAAGCACCACCGGGAGGAGGUGUACGUGGCCGCCGGCCACGCCCUGCGCAAGAAGGUCCAGUUCGCCAAGGACGAGGACCUGCACGACAUCCUCGAUUACUGGAAAGGGGUCUCGGCCCAGCAGAAGCUGUGACCCUCUCCUUCCCGAUUGGCAAAACUGAGAGGAGCAAGCCGGCGGAGCCAGUGGUGUGAGAAAGCAGAUUCCCGUUACAUUUGCAUGACGAUUUUACUGUAUUUUUCUGAGCAAACAUCUGUCGUGUAUGUGCCAGUUCGUCCGGACUCCCGGGCCCCCCUCCCUGCCGCCCCCCUCUUGCCCCCACUCCCUCUGUUGUGAUCUGACAAGCAGCUCUUGAAGCCUGGGGUGGGGCCACUUCUGCAAAAGACCCAAAGCAGGUGCCACCAAAACGCAGCCCCUGUCCCACACCCGUCUCCUGUCUUUCUGCGCGUGGGGCCCCACAAGUGCCGCCUCGCCCCUUGGGUCCCCAGUUUCAUGCCCCCGCCCCUGCCCCGCCUCUCUGCCGGGGAAGGGUAGCCCCAGGGAAGGGAGCGUGGGAGGACCUCUGUGUCCCACUUGCUGACAUUUUUGCGGGGGUGAAAGAGUCGGGGGCCCCCGGAGAGGGAGGGGCUGGGUGAUUUGGCCACCAGGUUGGGGGAGGGGGUCAGUCACACGGCUGAAUGCAGGGGCCUAAGAGCUCGGGGGGGCUUCAUGGGUGGCUUCAGAGGAAGCUUGGGGCCCUGAGGGAGGGACCCAGGGGAGCAGCUGGGGCCCAGGGUUGGCCUGGCCUCCCUGGAGAGGGAGCGUCCCACGGUGUGGGGCGAGGCGGGGCGGUGGUUCCCAGCAGGACCCCCACCCUCGCCAUUCCCCCAUCGUUCCUGGUUGAAGAGACCUGUAAAAACCUCAGACCAUCUCACUUCAGGGACCUUAAGGAUAGGUCCGCAUCUUAACAGCAAGGGUCUUGCCCCUCCCUCCAGGAGGUAAACCAGCCUUCACGGUCUAGAUGAUACCAAUCUUGGAGGCAGAAUAGGACUGGAGUCGGGCCUCUGGCCUCCCAGCCAGGCUUGGGGCUUCAGCUGCUUUCCCUUGAUCUGGGAAGGGGGCCAGUGCACUGUAGCCCCCCCUGGAGGCUCUCCUGCAUCUGUGUCCUGUGUCCGGUUCAGGAUAAUUCUUCCCCAGCGGGGAGCAAAAUAGCCACGGAAGACAAAUGAUCAUUUAUGUCAAAGAGUCCGGCCUGCUGACGCCCUGUGUUUGUAAUGGCCAUGAGCACAGUGCACCUGGGCCACAGCCCGGGGCCACCGGCUAGCAGGGCGGGCAGCCAGGAGAGAAGGGAACGGGGCGGGCUACUGGGGAGACUGGCGGAGAUGUGGGUGCUUAGCCCUGGACCUCCUGGGGGAGGCCCCCUUGCCUUGGGUCGUGCCUGGGCUUGCUGUCCCUGUCAGAGAAUCUCCAGAGGAAAUUCCUGGGUGCCUGUCCCCGGGGAGUGGUGUCAGUGGGUCUGUUUUCACCUGGAGGGCUGGCACCUUCUAGAGGCGAAAAGUGGAGGUCUGGAGGGGCAAAGAAACCCUUAGUCUGGCGUGACCCCUCCUCAGGGGGCCCGGGGCCUGCCCCUGCCUGCUGGAGGCCCCUCACCUCCGCACCCCUCCUAGGGGCCAGUGCCGGAGGACUGUGGAGGCUGCCCGUGUGCAGGCCUGGGGGAGGUGAUGGGGCUAUCUGCAGGGUGGUGGGAGUGGAAAGACCCACUUCCGAAGAAGAGGAGGCCUGCGUUAGCCCCAGAGAGGCGGGGGAGAGCCUGGGCCUGGCCGCAGGUCUCUAAGGUUCCCAACUGGGAGUAAGUCACCCGUCCCCACUCCUGGAAAUUUUCACAGAGUGGAAACAGAAGCUCAGGAAAGGGAAAGGAGGAAAUCUUCUAGGGUCUCGAAACCAGUUAGGGACAGGCUGAGUCCACGAAGGGGCCCAGGCAUGGGGGACGAGUCACAGGUCCCGGCUUGUAAGGGGCUUACACGCAGAGAAGGGACAGCCACAAAACGUUCCCCGGGGAAGGGAUACUGUGAAGAGAAUGAAAACAGGGUGAUGGAAUGGAGAGGGGGGUUCGGGGCACCCCCGAGAGGCAAGCUCAGAGGACUAGUCCACCGGCUGUGAAGAUGAGGCCAGAGGGAGAGGGGGAGGAGGGGCUGGAUGUCCCCAAGCACCUCCUCGGGCGCCUCCACUAUGGGUCCCACCCCCUCCGAGGGAGCCUACCCUUCAGCAUCCCGCCCCGUUCCUGGCCAAGCGGGGGGGGGGGGGGGGGGAGGGGGCUGGGGGGGUCUUUCUGGGUGGACGCAGGGGAGGGGUGUGACCCCCGAGGGGCAGGGCUGACUGACGCUGGCCCAGUGUGAAGGGUGGGGCUUGUCUGACCCCCAGUGCUCCUCCCCUCCCGCCCCCAGAUUUCCUCUCCCCAGCGCCCCCCCCCCCCCAGGAGCUGCCGUGCUCCUUGUCUAUUCUGACCCUGUGUCCUUCCCCCUUGAAGACAGAACUAGUAUUUACACUUUUUGCCUCUCAUGCCUGCCCCAAAGGCCUCACUAAAGGUCCCUCACUGCUGCUGAGCAGUAGGGAGGGAAAGAGGGGGUCAAAGAGGGUGGGUGGGAAGCCUUGGGCCUCCCUUUCCUUUCCUUGCCCCUCGCCAAACAAGCACAGGGCUGGAUGGGGGCAGGGGGAUCCCUCCUCGCCGCCUGCCUCCCUCCUUCCCUCCCUCUCUCCGCAAGGAGCCGCCAGCCCCGUGGGCCCUGCGGCUUGGCACCUGGUUUGGGUACGGCAGGGGCUACCCUGGGCUACGAACCUGUGAACCCUAGCUGUGUGUGGACCUUUCCUUCCUCGGGGGGGGGGGGGCCCGAAACCUCUCCUUUUCUUCUUUUAGGGGGGUACCUUCAUUUACUUUCUCUUCCCUCUACCUGCCUCUCCCCCCUCCCCGAUCUCCUGUUUUAAACUGAAUGGCACGAAAUUGUUUUCCUCAACUCGGAGAUUCCUGUAUGGAGAGAAUCAAUUUCUAUAUUUGCA